AGAAGCCGUGAAGAUCAAUCCGAUAUAAGAUAUCGUUGGCGACAACGCUGCUCUACGUUUCUAGUAUGCAACGACCAUGACGGCAAAACCUUCAACAUGAAUUCCACCGAUCAAGCAGAGCCGGAAGGAGGCUUGCCGCCAGGGCCCCUUGAGCUGUCAGCCUUGGCUUUCACCGCAAUGGGGACACUAUGCUGUGUACAGAUGUUCGUCCUCAUUGGCAUCACCUUCCAACGUCGAUCCGGCCUUUACUUUUGGAGUCUUGUAGGCGCGACGUUUGCUCAGCUCCUCGUCUGUGUCUCGGUCCUAAUCCAAACCUGGAUCCUCGGCGAACAGCUUAAUGGCAUACCUCUGGCGCUUAGCACGCUCGGCUUCCUUUUUUUCCCACUUUUUGGAUACCUGAUCUUGUACUCACGGCUGCACCUCCUUCAAUGCAGUCAAUACAUUCUAUCUGUCGCCUCUGCCAUCAUCGCGCUCGAGUGGCUACUGGCUGAAUUGCCCAUGGCAAUUCUGGGCGUUAUCAAUACAGAGUACCCCGAAGCGCGCAAGCUUGCUCUGGCGUACAAGAUAUCUUGGGAGUUUGAGGAAGCGGUUUAUCCAGUCGUUGACUUGGUAUUAUGCUCGUGCUAUUUCGUUCAGGUGAAACGACUGUGGGGCGACAGCGGGAAGAAGACAAGGUCGCUACUAUGGAAAGUCGUCCUUGUCGUCACGAUUUCACUUCUUCUCGACUUGUCAUGGGUAGUCUUGCAGAAUACGACUGACCCAAACUGGUCAGGUGCUCUUGAGUGUUUCCUAAUGGCCUUGAAACUGCAUAUAGAGAUUUACAUAUUGAAUAUGUUGACCAACAUAGCGAAGGCUCAGAUGGCUGAUAUGCAGAGCAAGUUUUCGCUGUCGCUGGAAUUCUGCACGUCUCAUCCAUUAGUGCAGGCAAAGUCAUGA